AUGAGUUUCUUCGGAAAAAAAGAUAAACGAACCCCAUAUGAAAUUGCUCGUGAGCAGUCGCGAGCAAUUAGCACACAAAUUCGACAAGAAAAACGACAAUUAGAUCGCCAAAUUAACCAAUCUGACCGAGAGAUUCUACGUCUUUCAAACGAUAUUCGUAAACAUGCCAUGACCAACAACAAAGACGCUCUUCGAACAUUAGCCAAAGCGGUCGUUAAAAUUAAACGCGAUAAAAGUAAUCUAUACGCCGCGAAAGCUAAUCUCGAUACGAUCGAUGGUGCAGUCAAAAGCCAACUAACUAAUGUGAGAAUAACUGGUGUGAUGCAAACAAGUAGUCAAAUUGCACAUUCCUUAGCAGAGUUGAUGAAAGUUGAACAAUUUCAAUCGAUUUCCGAACAAUUUUCCAAAGAACUAAUCAAAAUGGGUAUUAUGAGCGAAAUGAUGAAUGAAGCUGUCGAUGCAGCUACCGAUAAUAAUGACCUCGAAGAAGAAACCGACGAAGAAGUGGAUAAAAUAUUGAACGAAAUUCUUGCUGGAAAAGUCAGCCAACUACCACCUGUGAUUGAUAAUCAGCCACUGAAACUUCCGACAGUUGAUGUCGAUAGUGAAGAAGAUGAAAUGCAGAAACGUUUAGAAGCUUUAAGAAGUUAA